AUGAGCGUCCAUCAAGGCAGCUGCCAAUUCGGCUUCCUCCACAACACCGACAUUGCCGCAUUCUCCGACACCGACCCGGACUACUCUGGCAGCUGCGGCACCUGCUACGAGGUCGCCUGCGAGGACGGCACUCUGACAGACGGUUAUGGCGCAACAAUUCAGCGCAACGGCGCCUGCAAGCAGGGUGCCAGUGUCACUAUCAAGGUCACAGACACCUGCCCGUGCAAUUACCCGGCCAACUACUACUCCAACAAGCGCUGGUGCUGCGGCGACAUGCGCCACAUGGACCUCUCUUACAGCGCGUUUGACAAGAUCGCAGACAGGAGCAAGGCGCGCGACAAACGCCCGCUGCCUGCCGCCCCCGCGUGUACCAUGCCCCGGCGACGGUGCUUCCUCUUCCUCUUCUUCCUCUUCUUCCUCUUCUUCCUCUUCUUCCUCUUCUUCCUCUUCUUCCUCCUCUUCCUCAUCUGA